GUUCGCGGAGCAGAGACGGCUCAGUCGUAUGAUAAACGCGGAGGCACCUGGGUAGGAGGCGAGCUCUGGUGCGUCUGCACAUCCAUCGACGCCGGUGAAUCGUGCACUACGCGAACAAUGUGCCCGAGGACCUCGUGAAACGGAAUCGCGACCACAGUUGUUCAAUUGACGCUCUACUGUUGCGAAACCCGUAGGUCUGUGUCGAUCGGCUACUACCGCGUUUUUGUUUCGAAUCCCAAUCACCGUGAGAUCCACCGGGUGAAACUUGCUUCCGAGAUCCGCUAUUUGUUAUCCGGACGUUCAGACAGGCAAUCAAGGGAAUAGAAUUACUACAAGAGGAUGAGUCUUCGUUGGAUUCACGAAAACUUAGAAGCACCAACAUGCGAUGAGGAAUGCAGCGACAUCGAUGACAGUUGCAGCGACGACAGCUACGAUUCCGAUCUAUCAAUCUGCGAGGAGAAAGGGCUGGGAAACGAAAAGGAGAUUAAUGGGGAUCGCAGGAGGAAAAGGGAGACCAGGAGACAUCCGACCACUACAGUGAAGUUCGACGAGAACGGAACUCCGCAUUACAUCACGGAAUCGGUUAAACGACCGCCUUACGUAAUAUGGGAUCCCAGGAAACCAGCACAAAAUCCUGUGUACAAUUGUUUGGUAAUCAAAUUGUUUUGUCGAACCGGAUACCAUCUUGCUGUUUCGAACUCUGGUCGAGUUCGAGGUUUGAGUGCCACGAACGAACCACAUGCUUUGCUUCACAUUAUACCGGUAUCAUUUGGAGUGAUUCGAAUACAAAGUCUUGAAACUAGUCUGUAUUUGGCUUUCAAUAAGAAGGGACGUUUAUAUGGUGAGCUAAGCGCAAACAAAGAUAACACAGAAUGGGAGCAAUGGAACGUCGGUUCCUACGAUGCUUUUCGAUCACGAAAAUACGCGAAUCAGGGAUGGUGGAUAGGAAUAAAGAAAAACGGACGAGCAAAGCCAGGACCAAAAACAAGUUGGGGCCAAAAAUCGAUACAAUUCUUAGCAAUACGACAAGAUUAAUUUCUACGAAUAUUUUAUAUUUCUGUACUAAAUUAAUUUGUAACAAUUAUGUGAAUCCUAAACAAAGAAAGACACUAAAUGUUAAAUUAAAUCAAUCAUGAUGCAUCACGGCGAACUUUAAAAAAUCUUUUUAACGAAUUUAUGUAAUUUUUUACUAACAACGAAAAUCAUACAUUCGACAAGAAAUCAAUUACACACUUUUUAUGGGAAAUAAAUAAUCUCGUUGCCUUCCAA